AUGGCAUCAAUCGCAGCUUCUCGCCCAUCACUCACGUCGAAUGAUGCGGCAGUUCUUCAAGCUCUAUUCGAUGCCGAGUCCUCGCCUUCCUCUGGGAUCACGGUUGAUUCAUCGCUUCCUCCAUGGCCCAAAGCCGUGAACAUCUCCCAAGAAGACCUUCUCUCACUGAAGAAUCGCGAAAUCGAAAUAAUCCGAGAGUUACAGCCAAGCAUGAACCCAACUUGCGAAGUUGUGCAGUCUGCAGUUGAUAGACUUAGCGCUCUUCUUGUUCAAUAUCCUUCGUACCCCUCCGCAUAUACCAACCGCGCCCAAGCCUUCCGCAUGCUAGUCGAUCUCCAGUUCGACAAUACCGAAAUGAGCACCGACGAUACCUCAAAUGAUGCACUAUUCACACCGCAAGCCGCAGAUAUGUCUUCUCAAAUUCUGGCGGACCUCGGGCAAGCAAUCACUUAUGCCACGCCCGCUUCACCAGCAGACCCAGUAUCAUCAGCCCAGGCACGUCUCCUGGCAGAUGCGCACACACAUCGAGGGUAUCUACUAUUGAAGGCCGCACGAUUAAAGAAGAAUGCAGUUGAGAAAAAUGAAGAAGCCUUCGGUCCAGAUCGCUUGCGGGAACUUGGGGCAGAUCAGCUUGAGGAGAUGGCAAGCCGGGAUUUCUUCUUGGGCGGAAGAUAUGGAAAUAAAGUGGCUCAGCAACUUGCAGUGCAAACGAACCCCUACGCAAAGAUGUGUGGAGCGAUUGUUCAAGAGGCUAUGAGGAAGGAAAUCGAAGGGUGA